ACUGUAUUAUUGUGUGGCUCAGCUCAACAAGCUCGCCGCACCGUCGCCAUGGACGCCGCCACCGGCAACUGUUCCUCCUCUCCGCUGCGCAUCGUGAUCUGCCCGUGGCUCGCGUUCGGCCACAUGCUCCCGUGCCUGGAGCUCGCGGAGCGUCUGGCUUCGCGGGGCCACCGCGUGUCCUUCGUCUCCACGCCGCGCAACCUGGCGCGCCUCCCGCCGCGGCGCCACGACGUGCACCUCGUGCCCCUGCCCCUCCCACGCGUGGAGGGCCUCCCCGACGGCGUCGAGUCCACCAACGACGUGCCCCCCGACAAGAGAGACCUCCACUGGAAGGCCUUCGACGGCCUCGCCGUCCCCUUCGCUGAGUUCCUGGCCGCCGCGUGCGCCGACGAGGCUACCAGGCCGGACUGGGUCCUCGCCGACACAUUCUCCCAUUGGGCGGCCGCCGUCGCCCUCGAGCACAAGGUGCCAAGCGCGAUGCUUCUCCCGAGCGCCGCCAUGAUCGCCUCGUGCUGGCACCGGCCGCCGUCGCACGCCGAGCAGCCGAGAAGCGCAGUGUUUGAGGAGCCGGCGGAACGGCCGGCGGGUGUGCUCCCUUACGAGUGGGAUAAAAGAGCGCACUUCUUUGGGCCCCAAAGAGCGUCGGGCAUGUCCACCGCGCAGCGCUGCUUCCUGACACUGCAGAGGUGCAGGCUGCUGGCCAUGCGGAGCUGCCCCGAGUGGGAGCCGGAGAAUUUCACGGUGGCGGCGGCACUCCUCGGCAAGCCGCUCGUGCCGCUCGGCCUCCUACCGCCGUCGCCCAACGGUGGACGACGACGAGAGGAGGACGGCGGCAGUACGGCGCGCUGCUGGCUGGACGCGCAGCCGCCGAGCUCGGUCGUGUACGUGGCGUUGGGCAGCGAAGUCCCGCUGACGGUGGCGCUGGUGCACGAGCUCGCCCUUGGGCUGGAGCUCGCCGGCGCACGCUUCCUUUGGGCUCUCCGGAAGCCCAGCGGCGUCGCGGACGACGCCGACGUGCUCCCGCCGGGAUUCCGGGAGCGCACCUGCGGCCGCGGGCUCGUCGCCAUGGGCUGGGUCCCUCAGAUGAGCAUACUGGCGCACGGCGCCGUGGGCGGGUUCCUGACGCACUGCGGCCGGAACUCGCUCGUCGAAGGGCUCCUGUUCGGCCACCCUCUCGUCAUGCUGCCCGUCGUCGGGGACCAGGGCCCCAACGCGCGCGCCAUGGAGCGGACCAAGGUUGGGCUGCAGGUGGCGAGGAACGGCAAGGACGGGUCGUUCGACCGCCACGGCGUCGCCGCCGCCGUCCGGGAAGUCAUGCUGGUGGAAGAAGCCAGGAAGGUCUUCGUGGCGAAUGCCCUGGAAAUGCAGCGUGUUGUGGCCGACAAGGAACGCCAUGAGAGAUACAUCGACGAGUUCAUACGCCAGCUGAGAUCUUACUCCACUCCGCCGGCAGCGAGUUAAAAAGGCGUACUUGGUGGCUUGGUGCCUCGCACUGUAUGUCUGUAUGGGGUCUAGGAUGUCAACGGUUACGUACCCGUCCAGUAAUAUUAUUCCAUACUUACCUAUCAAAAA